UUCUGUUUCUCUUUUUGACUGAUUAUCUACUUGUGUUGUGAUGUGUGCGAGUGGGAUAUGAUCAUUUUCGAUUGACAAUUUGUGCACAAGUCGUGUAUCGCGUUACUUGCAAUGGCAAAAUAUUGCCUUUACCUACAACAAUAAAAAUAUAAAUUUUAAUCAGUUAUAAACAUAUACUUAUUUAAUUUGUUGUGGUGUAAACAUUUUGUGAUCGCUUCUUAAAUAGAAACGUGAUAAAUGGCGAAUAUCUCAGUGCAAUUGUGUGUUCAGUGAUUGUGGCUAUGAACCGUCGCUGUUCGCAGUCGGUUCGGACGCUGGUUUUCGAUGAUUCGGACUGUGAUCCGCCGAAAGCCGAACAGAAGGACCUCUCCUCAGCUGAGGUUCCAUCAUCGCUGAACCGGAGCGCUGAAGAUGCGGGCACGGCGUCGCGCGAUAGCAAUCUUGUGCGCUUGCGCCGCUCCGCGCUUGGAAAAUCAGCGCCGACGCUCUCCGUCCAUGUGAAAGAGCCAUGUGUAGUGUCGCGGCGGCCCUCGAGGCUGCCGCCGCCGCCCCCACACCACAGGCUUUCACUCGUUGUGGGGUCAGGUAGAUGCAGCUCCCCGGGCACAGGACCGCUGUCCCCGGCGGAGGGCCCCCGGUGGCCCCACUCGCACCACCCGCACCCGCUGCACCACGCCUUGCUCUCGUCUAGCGUGAAGCGCGGCAAGGAGCUCGAUGGCCGCAGGUGGUCGGUGGCGUCGCUGCCCUCCUCCGGCUACGGGACCACGCCAGGCAGCUCUAGUUUGUCAUCACAAUGCUCGUCGCAAGAGAGGCUGCUGGCGGUGCAGGCGACGUGCGAGCCACCGCCGCGCGCCCCCUGCCCCCACUGCCACCAACACCAGAACUCGCUCAAUAGCUCGCAAGGCAGCGGCAUGAACAACUGGGCGUCGCUGUCAGACAGCGGUGGCAGCGGACACGCGGCGCGUGCACCCUCGCCGCAGAGUCCCGCUCGACGGGUGCGCUCGCGCAGCCUCAGCUCGCCGUCGCGGUCGCCGGGCGGCGGCGCGGGCGCAGCGGGCGAGGCGCGCGACGACGCGGUGUCGGCCAUGUCGGCGCUGUUCGCCGCCAGGUUCCCCGCCGCGCAACGAGCCAUGGAUGACAAAUUGAGAGCCCUGAUAGAAGAAGUGACCGAAUUAGACAAGAAACCAGAUCGGCCGCCGAUAGAGAGAUUUGUCCAGAGACAGGUAUUGGAGAUGGCUCGCGACUGCCUGCACAAAUCCGAGUCCAAACAGGUGACCAGCAGCUAUUUCUACGAUAUGGCGGACAGCUUGGACCGGUUACUGGCGGAGACGCGCGAGAAGUCGGCGGAGGCGGGCGCGCAGGUGGCGCCGCUGGUGACGCGGUUGGUGCUGGCCAUGGCGCGGCCGGCCCGCCUGCUCGAGUGCCUCGAGUUCGACCCCGAGCGCUUCUACCGCCUGCUCGAGGCCGCCGAGGGCCAGGCGCGCCACAUGCAGGGUAUAACGACGGAUAUCCCUCAGUAUAUCAUCCACAAGCUGGGCCUCUCGCGGGACCCGCUUGCGGAGCUGCACGCACCGCCACCGCCGCCGCCCCCGCAGACCUCCUCACCAUCUAAGUCGCGGGGCCGGGUGUCCCCGCCGGGCGGCUCGGGUGGCGCGCCGCCUUCAGAGAGUGACUACCAGGUGAUCAAGCUGAUAUCCAACGGGGCCUACGGCGCCGUCUACCUCGUCAAGCACAAGCAGACCCGGCAGAGGUAUGCAAUGAAGAAAAUAAGUAAAAACAAUUUGAUACUAAGAAAUCAGGUGGAGCAGGCGUUCGCUGAGAGGGACAUACUCAGUUUUGCUGACAACCCAUUUGUGGUGACUAUGUACUGCUCGUUCGAGACGAGGCGGCACCUGUGCCUGAUCCUGGAGUUCGUAGAGGGCGGCGACUGCGCCACGCUGCUGCGCGCCGGGCCGCUGCCGGCCGACAUGGCGCGCCACUACUUCGCGGAGGCCGUGCUGGCCGUCGAGUACCUGCAUUCCUACGGCAUCGUGCACCGCGACCUCAAGCCCGACAAUCUGCUCAUCACGGCAACUGGCCACAUAAAGCUAACUGACUUCGGACUCAGCAAGAUGGGUCUUAUGUCAUUGGCAACGAAUCUAUACGAGGAGUACGCGGACCGCGAGGCUCGGCAGUUCUCUGAUAAGCAGGUGUGCGGUACGCCCGAGUACAUCGCGCCCGAGGUGAUACUCAGGCAGGGUUACGGCAAGCCGGUAGACUGGUGGUCUAUGGGGAUUAUCCUCUACGAAUUCCUGGUCGGAUGCGUGCCGUUCUUCGGUGACACACCUGAGGAAUUGUUUGCUCAUACGGUCAACGACGACAUCGAGUGGCCGUCGGAGGAGGACUUCCCGAUCGCGGCGGAGGCGCGCGGCAUCAUCACGGAGCUGCUGGCGCGCAACCCUCGCGACCGCCUCGGCACCGGCGGCACGCACCAAGUCAAGGAGCAUGUAUAUUUCUGCGGACUGGACUGGAACAACUUACUGCGGAGGAAGGCGGAAUUCAUACCGCAGCUGGAGAACGACGAGGAUACCAGCUAUUUUGACAGCCGAUGCGACCGAUACAACCACAGCGAGGUGGACACGGACGAGGCGGCGGAGGGCGCGGAAGGUGCCGAGGACGCAGUGUUCGCCGCCUUCUCGAGCACCUCGCCGCAGUGGCGCCGCCACUACCACCACUCGCAUUCACACUCGCAUUCACACUCACACCCACAUUCGCAUUCCGCGAUCUCGCACGACUCGAGGAGCACGGACAGCUGGCCGGGCACGCCGGACAGCGCGGGACCGCCCACCACACCCACCGCGCCCACCGCAGCGCUGCAUCAUCAUCCCAAGUGUCCGAUGGUGGGCGGCAGCGCGUCGACGGCGGAGUCGUCGCAGACGGACUCGGACGACGUGUCGCCGGCCUGCCGCCGCCGCGCCACGCUGCGCCCGCACGCGCCGCCCGCGCCGCCGCGCCGGCCGCGCCCGCACCACCACCCGCCGCCGGCUGCUGCGCUCGCCCUCGUACCGAGGACGUCAGACAUCGUAAAAAAAGAAGAGAGGAGUAUAGAAAAACCGGAGAAGUCGAAGCCAGCGUUCCUGGCGACGAAGUCGAUGCGACGUUCGGCGAGCACGUCCGGAUUAUCGCUGGUCAUACAUCCAGCGGACGAGGCGGGCGGCGCGGGGUCCCCGUGCGCGGGCAACACGUCGUCCACCAACUCGUCGCGCGACUCGUCGCCCUGCCGCGACCCACCCUCGCCCUUCGCGCUCGCCAACCACUCUUUAAUUCAGUCGUCGAAGCCCCCGAUCGUGGUACGGCGCGGCCCGCGCGGCUUCGGCUUCACGAUCCACACGGUGCGCGUGUACUACGGCGACACGGACUACUACACCAUGCACCAUUUGGUCUCGGCGGUGAGCGAGCAGGGCGCGGCGUGGGCGGCGGGGCUGCGCGCCGGCGACCUCAUCACGCAGCUCAACGGCGAGUCCGUGCAGGGACUGCUGCACACGCAGGUGUUACGGUUGCUACUGGCGGCGCCACAUGCUACGUUACGCGCUACGCCUUUGGAUCAGACCACUAUACAGGCGGGCGGGCGGCGGCGGGCGGGCGGCGGGCGGCGCGCGGCGGCGGCGGCGCGCGCGCGGCCGCGGCGGCGCUGCUCGCUGUUCCGCCGCAUCUCCACCAAGCGCGCCUCGCAGGAGAUGCACCAGAUGGUGUCGGGCAGCAGCGUGGGUGGUGUGGGCAGCGGCGAUUGUCCCUCAUCGCCCGCGUCCUCCUCACCCGCCACCGACAGCCCCCUGCACACCACUACGCACUACCAGAGGCCGUCGUCGCUGCACGGGCUGAAGCACAAGCUGGUGGCAGGCGGCGGUGCGGGUGGUGCGGGGGAGGUGCGGCGUGCGUCGCUGCAGCACAUGCCGCUGUCGCCGCUCGCACGCACGCCUUCACCUUCGCCGCAGCCGCAGCCUGCUUCGCCCACCAGCCGGUGCGAGGCUCGCAGCCCGUCGCCGCUGGCGGGCGCGUGCGUGGGCGGCGUGGGCGGCGUGGGCGGCGUGGGCGGCGCGGGCGCGGCGGCGGCGCGGGACUGCGGCCGGCGCGCCUGGGCCCGCCGCGACCCCGCCUCGCCGCUGCUGCGGAGGGCGCUCUCGCCGGACAGACUACACCCCCGCUCAGCGGAGUCGAAAUGCUCCAUAUCGCCGCUGUGCUGCGGCGGCGUAGGGGUGACGGUGGGUGUGGGGGUCGGCGUGGGCGUGGGCGUGGGCGUGGGCGUGAACGUGGGCGGCAGCGGCUCGCGGCGCGGUGUCGUGUGGCGGGCGCCCGCGCCGGCACCGCCCACGCCGCCGCCGCAGGACAAGGCCGACGAGCCGCUGCUGCCCAGGAUAGCGGAGGAGAAGGACUCGCCCACGCAUCACGCGAGGAAUCUGCCUAAUUGGACGCCAGCGAAGCAGCCGACACCAAGCAUCUUCACGUCAUCGCCGAAGCCGAGCUUGGACAAGUCGUCGUUCGAUGCUUCCACGUCGUUCGCUUCGCUGUCGCUGUCGGACGAUUCCUUCGCGGACGCCUCGGCGGAGACGUCCAAUAUUGACACUUCCAAGGACAUCAAUAUGGACGACAGUCGAACCAGCUCGGAUAGUUUGACAACAGAUGACAAACAUAAAAAGCAAACCAUCCAAGAACCUGCCCCGCCGCCAAUCGUCCCUGAACAGCCGAAGGCUAGGAAAAGGUCGGACUCUAGCCUAAAAGAGGAAGAAGUCAAGGGUAAAGAUAAAAAGAAAGAGAAGCCAGAAUUAAAGAAACAAGAUUCGAUUAAGAAAAUCGAGAAGCAAGAUGUGAAAGAAGAGAAAAGUGUGGAAGUUAAAACGGAGGAGAAAAGUAAACAAGAGAAAGUUAUGGAGAGGGGCGGAUCUAUUAAGAAGACCGAGAAGCAGGAAAAGGCCGAGGCGAAGAAGCAAGAGAAGCAGGAGAAGGCAGAGAGGAAACAAGAGAAGAUAGAGGCAAAGAGAUCAGAGUCGAUUAAAAAGAGUGAAGCAUUGAAGAGGCAAGAGUCUGUUGACCCGACGAAACAGUCUCCCGAAUCGGGGGCGGCGGGGACGUCGGCGGCGGCGACGGGGGCGGGGACGGUAGCGGAGUGCGAGGGCCGCAGCAAGAACAGCAUGGUGAGCAAGCUGCUGGGCGUGAUGGGCCGCAAGGGUCGCGACCGUGACGACGACGAUCAUCGCCCCGGCAAGAAGCACGACAAGGCCAAGAAGAAGAAUACGAAUCAGCCAAGCCAAUCACAGCCCAAGCACGAACCAACAGAGAAGUGCGAGAAACAUGAAGACGAAAGAAGAACGAAGAAGGGCAGGGGGCGUGCCUCCAGCUCCUCGUCCGGGGAGAAGUAAACUCAACUCGUGAGUUGUUUUGAACAAUUUUAAAAUAAAAUGUGACUCGAAGAGAAUGUAAUAAAAUGUUUAUACAGAUGUAUCUCGCGAUUUGUGCGUUUCUGAUAUUUUUUUGUGCUUCGUUGUGUGUGAGGUAUCAGAUGAAAUGUUGUAUUUUUAAAUUAUCAGUAGCGGUAAAUAGACCAAGGAGCGCUGGAUAUCGAUUAGUGUAUAUGGAAGAUGUAGUUAUUCUUUCUACUUUUAACAUUUGAAAUUGUAUUUAGUUAGUCUAUUUCAUAUAUAUCUGUGUGAUACGAUAAUUGUAAUGCUGGCGUCACACCGUCGUCUAUCGUGACGAAGAUUCGUGAAACGACACGAUACACGUAUAUGUAACUAAAAUUUAACUGUCGUCGCGAUAAUUUAAGUGUGUAUAGAUAAUUUUUAAUUGGCAACGUGUCAGUGUUUUAGCGCGACAAGUAUCGUUCUAUAAGGUCAGAGUAGCAUCAUUCUAUAUGAUUCAUGAUCCUGUACUAAUUACAUGAUUGAUACACAUGAAGUAUGAUAAAAUAAGAACGUAAAAAAUGAAAAAAAAAAAAUAAACAAUCGUUCUAAAUACAUACGAUAAUUUGUUUAAAAUUAUUGAUUAUCUGAUACUGGAAGGGCCUAUGUUAGAACGAUAACUUUUAGUAAAUAAAACACGAAACAUCGGCACGAUUUGUUUCAUGAAACUCGAUGCGUGUGUGGCACCAGCAUAAUAAAAAUUCUAACUUUGUUUCCACACAGUUAUAAUUGAAGGAUCUAUUUCAAUGUAUUUUUUUGUAAUGUCAAUAUGAUUGAUAAUGAAAUGUGAUUAAACCUUUUGAGGGUGAACAAAAUUCGUUACCAAUUUACAAGGUCUAACUAUAGUCUGAGGGGUAAGUUGUUAAGGUCAUUUGUACUCGUUAGAAUGCAAAUUUUUAUUUUGAAUUAAGGUCUAUCUAAUAAAUUGUGUACGUUCACUUGCUCGGUCAAUGUUUGGAGCGUGUUCAUUUAGAGUAAAAGAGAGAAGGAUACAAUUAUAGUGAGAUGAAAUAAAUAAGAUAUAUUUUGAUCUAUCCAUCUUUUACGUGUUCUUUGAAUUGGUAGGUUAAGGGGCUGGUUUCAAUGCAUAUUGGUGUUUGGUGUCGUGUUUUUAAACAUGGUGGAGCGUGUAAGAUAUUGUAAUAGGUUCGAAUUAUUUGCUCGAACAACUAUUUCGGUACGAGAAUAAUUUACGUGAGAAUGUAAUUGAGAUGUACUCUUUUUAUUUUCUAUUAUUGAUUUUUAUAAUAACCUUUUAUCGAUAAUAAAAUUAUAACGCAGUCUGUACAUAAUAUUUAUUUGAAAAUUAAUAUUUUUUUUUAUAAUUUAAGCAUAAUAAUAUCAAUCCAUCCAAAUUGUUUAAUUUAAAAAUAAACUUGAUUAAUUGAAUUCUUUAAAAUGUUGAUACAAUUUACGAUAUAACGAAACCCUAAUUCUAAUUUAGAAAUACUGCAGUAUCAAUAAAAUAUUCUGAUACUGUCUGUCUGUUAAUUCAGGAACAUUUUUAAAUAUAUAAUUGCUUGUUCAAUUGAUACAUAACAAAUAUUAUUAAAAUCACAAUCGAGUUGUAAUGAAAUGGUAUUUGUUUUGUAUUAAAAAUAAAAAUGGUAGAAUUAGCAUUCAGGUUUUUCCAUCAACAACCAUUGUAUGGGGUUUCUUUAAAGUUUAGUUGGUAAUUUUCGUGUAAUUUUAAACAGGAUAAUAAUUAUGAAAAAAAAAUGCGAGUUUGUGUGAAAUCUUGACAUCUGUAUUCUAGAUUUAAAAUACUAUAACUAAUUAUCGAAAGGGGCCAAAUCUAUGGAGCUAUGUUGUUGAAUGUUAUGUCUCUCGCUAUCACUAUUAUCCCUUAUUUUCUUAAAACUCUACUAUUUAUUGUACCUUUUUUUAUCUUUUUUAUUUAGAGGCUUUUAUCCUAUAAAGAUAUGUCAGCCUCAUCAUACCCUAAUUUUAAAAAUACGUUACAUAUUGUACUUUAAAGCUGGAUAAAUGUAAAUCAAAAUUAUAUUUUCUUAAUCCUUUGCAAUCUCCUACACACUCCACUAUGGAUGUAUACCUAAUUGUAAAAAUUAACAAAAAAAAAAUGUCGCUAUAAGCUUCCUUAGACUGUGUAUAGCUUUAGUAUUGUGAUGAACAGACGAACUGUUAUUCCCAAUCGUGUAAAGCCCAUUGUAAACUAUCAAACGGUUUAAAAUGUCCAUAUUGCUAUUUGUAUAGAAUUUUAAAACGAAUUAUACUUCUUUAUCAUUUAUAUAAUUAAUGGUUGUCAGUAUGUCGGUAAUCUAAUUGCCGAUUUGUUAAAUUGCAAUAUAUACGUCGCUAAAUUAACUCCAAAAAGCGGUCCAUCAUGCAAAUUACCAUAAUAAACUGUCAACUAGAUUAAUUGUUAACAGUCGUUUAAUUUUAGAAGGCGGCCAUUUUAGAUUCACUGGGGCGAACGAUAACAAAAUGGCGGCCAAAGUGAUACUCAAAAUAUAAGUCUCGAACGUUUGUUUAUUUACGUUAGUGGUCCUCUGGAAUGAAUUUAGUUUCGGUCUAGCUUCCCAGUAUUACAAUGUUGAGGCGUUAAAACUAAGUAUUUUUUUAAGUUAAAAAAAAAAAAACAGGAAAUUAUUGCGGUACGCGUAUUCAAGUUGUAAUUAUUAAUGGAAUCUUUUAACGUUAUUAUUAAUCUCAUUUUAAUGUUAGUUUUGAGCUGUGAUCUGGAUUACGGCGAGUGGCGGCUACGUAAUACGCCAUUACGCAGAAAUUGGCUAAAUUAAUAUUGAAUUUAGUUACAUGCAUCUUUAGAUAUAUUAAAAGGUUAGCAUUAAUUUAAUUAAUAUUUUAAUAGAGGCCAAAUAAAAUUAGGGAAUAUGCAAUUCUAAGCAAACAACACAUCACAAGUGCAUAAUAGUAUUAUAUAAGUAAUAACAAUUGUUGUAUAAAAGAAUUGACUUUUGAUUCUGUCUUAGAAAUGUUGUGAAUAUUCUUUAUUCAAAGACGAGAUUUUAAUUUUUUUUUAAUUAAAUUUUUUUUAACUAUUUAUAUUUGCAAUUAGUGUAUUUUAUUUAAAGUUCAAAUAUAACAUUCUUAAUUUAAAAUAGCGUUCUUAGGAUAAGGUCUUUGGCAGUUCAACAUCACAACUAAACUAAAAGGAUAUUUUGUCAGCUGGCAACCUGUCAAUCGCGGCACGCCGUAAGCCCAAUUGCAGCAUUAAGUAAUACUUUAGAGGUUUUUUUUUUUAAACGAACAUAUAGCUCUUAGUGACUUAUUGUGAUAUAUUAUUAUAACUUCCUAGCGUUUUAAUGCUAUGUUAGUAUUUUAAUUAGUCUCCAAGCUUUCCUAAUUGUUAUGUUUUUUUUAAAUUUGUUCUUUUUUUAAUGACUGUAUUUUUUACGUGUCGUCACUUUGUUUUUCUUUUCAUACAGGUUUACAUAAACGUUUCGUUUCAUGCAUUUUUUUAUUUCACUAUUUAAUAUUAACCUAAUCAAUCUAGUUUAUGUAAAUCGAACAGACUUACUAAUUUGUAUAUAUAAGGAGUGAAUUGAUAUAUCAUAAUUUUUAAUUACAUUCAUAUAAGAUUUCAUUUGUUUAUUAUUUUGAAGAAGAUGAAAAAUUGUUUUAAUAAAAAUAGGUUUUCAACACGUUAUGUGCCCAGAUACCUAUAAGGGCGGGUGAGCACAAGUGUCCUACUCCAUAGUGGUAAGGAUCAAAAUUGAAUGAUGUUCAAUUAUAAAUAUUUCAAAUGUUUGUGAAUUAAUAAAUGAUGUAAAAGUGAGCGAAUUGGUACAACUACCAUUGAAUUGUGUGAGCGUGCAAUUAAUCGAGUCUAAACAUGUGGCCGGUAACAGUGUUCAUAGAUAACAUACAUAUAUGUCACUCACGCCUGUCUCCCAUUAGGGUAGGCAGAAACAUUGGAACGCUAAACACUUCGAUUCUUACAAAACUUUUUCGGUUCCUCCACAUUCAUCAGUCGUUUCAUAAACGCUCAUCAUCAUCAUCAUCAUCAUCAUCAUCAUCAUCAUCAUUUGGUCGACAUAUGUCUGUCUGGGGCGGCCCCUACUGACAUCUCCAUUCAUUCUCGAUAAAUCUCUUUCGUAAUUCUUCUUUCAUCCAUCCUCUCCAAAUGUCCAAACCAAUGUCCAAACUUUUCCUUUCCGAUCUUUGACACUACAUCGUCUUUCAGUCCACACUUCUCUCUAAUCACGUUUUUUUUUUAUCACACACUUCUCAGAGCUCUCAUCUUUACAACAUUUAUCUUAUUUUCAUGGUUCUUCUGCCAUACACACGAUUCGCUUCGAUGAGUGUUGGUGUCAGUACUCUUUGAGUUAUGGCAAGACGAGUUUUGCUCGAUACAUUGCAUAUUUGCUUGCCAUAAUCGAGAGCAGUGCACCGUUAACACUGUUUCCCGCUUUCACUCUCAAUAUCUUCCUCACACCUGCCAUCCGUCGUAAACAAUGAACCCAAAUAUAGAAACUCACUCACUUACUCCACUCUUUCAUCUCCUAUUAUCAUCUGACAUGCUGUUAAACUUUUAUUCCCUUCAGAAUAACAAAUUUGCGCCUAUAAGUGUUAUCCAUAGAUAAGACUAACAAUUUCGCGCCAAAUGUUAGUAAAUCCAUAGAUAAAACAUUUGCGAAUAAAAAUUUCGCGCCAAACGAUAGUAGAUCCACAGAUAAAAUAUAUAAACAUAAUAAAUUCCCGCCAAAUGAUCGCAUUCUUAGAUUGUAUAUAAAAAUUAUAGAAUCACCGAAUGUUUAGAUCAAUUAUAAAAGUAUAACAAUUAUAUCAAACCGUUAAAUUACAGUCGAUAGACUUUCUGUUUAGAAUCUUGAAAUUAUUAUGUUCGGUUAUUUUUUUUUUUGUCAUUAGUUCAGUCAGAUAUUGCCCGUGCCAUAGCAUACUGAGCCUCCUCUAUGAUCAUAACUCGUUAAAAUGAAAAAAAAAAGGUCUUUUAUUUAAUUUCUAAAUUAAAUUAUUGCGCUCUUGAAUUUGUCUUAUUUUAUAUGAAAAAAUCGAAUAUUCAUUUAAUAUUAAUAUAUUUUUAAAGAGAUAUUAUGAUAUGAAAAUUGAAUUUAACAUAUGCAUUAAAAAAUAUCAUCACUUUUACAUUGUAUCACUAAAAAUAGUGUUCUCUAUCUAGUAACUAGUGACAUUCAUAUCUGUAGAUCCUAACAACGUUAUAUCUAGGUAUUUCAUGUAGAUUUAUAUGAUAUGCCCAAUAAUUUUACUACCACUACAGAUUGUCUAUGAUAACAUGGCAGGUCCCUUCAAAAAUUUAAAGAAUUAAAAAUAUAUGAGUAAAAAUAUAAGGUUUCGAUCAAGGAAUAUGAUAAACUUCUCUAGCCGCAUUGCUACUGGAGAUGUUUCUUUAUAAACACAAACAGAACACUCCGUCUGUAUAUAGUUAUGUUAUCUAUAUAUAGUAUAUUAAAGUAAAGUAUAAUGUGUGUAAACAUAUUGAAGUAAAAAGUAAAAAGAGGCGUGCCAUGUUUACGUAGACAAACUAUACGUAGAAAUAUCCCUUUCAGACCGGAACGAUACGGGCGUGAGUUGUAACUUUAAAAAAUUCUAAAACCGCGCGCAAUUCAUUUUUACGCACGAAGCUGAAAUAACAUGAUAGUGAGAUUCUAAACCGGCCAAUAAGAAAUCAUUUUAGCGGUUAGGUGCAGUAGUCUCGUGCGUGCCGGCAAGGUGGCCUGGCUCCAAAACACGAAAAUAUAUUUAAUCUGAAAGAAAAAAAAUCUUGGCUCUGAAAGGGAUAAGUAUGAUUAGUUGAGGAGGCUUCAAUACGAAUUGAUUUCUUUUUAAAAAUGUCUUAUGAAUAAAUAAAACACAUUUUAGUAUAAACCGUUAUUUAUUUAUACAAAUUAUCUAUUUUGAAAUUCAGACUGCGAAAUAUACGGAAAUCACAGAAAUAGUGCGCGGUCAGAAUUGUACAGACAAUUUUAAUUUUUUCUAUUUUUACACAAAUUCUUUAUCAACAAUUGGUGAAUGUAAGAACCAACGAAUGAAUGAAUGAAAGUGUUAUUAAAUAAAUUUGAGAAUACGGGCGUAUUAAGUCCACGGUGCUGUUUCAUGUCUAUAGGAACUGCUAACUGCCACCACUUUCCAUGAGGUGGGCCGUCAGCUUGUUUGCCAUUCUAAGUUGCAUAGACUGGUUUUUUUUUCCAUCGACUCCACAUUUUUAGAUCGAUAUUAAUUUCUUUAUUUUUGACAUAUUAUUUUUAAAAAUAUUAAUUAUUCAUCAACCAUUUAUUAAUUGUUCUUGAUUACUCUUUCAUAUUAUUUUUAAAUUUUAUUGUUUGACUAUUGUUUUGUAAUACAAUUAAAUUUAGAGUUAAAUAGUACAUUACUGCAGCGGCCAGCAACUGAGGCAUUGAUGGACAAACGUGCAAAUGUGGGCCGAGGCGUAGUCGAGGCACACAUACGUGAGUCCAUCAAUGCCCAGUUGUGGCCAAGGCUUGUAUAGUACUUUUCUCAAACAAUGCGCGGAAAUCAAAAACACAAUUUUACUUUUUAAGUUCAAUGACGAACAAUAAUAAUUUUUCACUCGCCAUAAUGUUCCUUUGUUUUUUUUUUCAAUAAAUAGCUUUCUAUUUGCAAGCCAGUUCGAAAUUUAAAUUAAAUCUUUUAUUAGUUACCUCCUUGGUAGCCAUGUUUCGAAGUAAAAGGUCAUUCCAUUUUUAAAUUACAGGACAGAUAUGAGUUUACAUAUUAAUUUAUCUGGCCGCAAAACACAACAGAUAUGGAUUUUCAUACAACUUUUGCCGGCCGCUGCCCGCAUGUAUCUGGCCAACACGGCAAUUUAGAUUUAUGUCUAAGAAGAUUGUCAAAAUAAUGCUCACAUUUCCAAGCAUGUUUGAGAAAAAGAUAUUUUCCCAAUUAUUUUAACAUCGAUCUCAAUACGAAAUUAACAUUAUUUUUUUUAUAUACAUCUUACUUGUUCACACAGUAAUUUUGAUAAUCAUUAUUAUAAUAUAAUUGUACUAAGUGCGUAAAUAUAAAUGGAAGAAAAUGGCGGCUUAUUUUAUAUUUCAAUCCAAUCAAUAUUAGAAACAUUCCACAAUAAAAUUAUAAAAUGAAAAUAGUUUUUUCGUUAUUUUUUUUAAUAGUUAUUUUAAUUAAAUUACUUGUCUAUUUUUGCUUGUAGCAAGAAUGAAUAAGUGGUUUUUUUUAAAUGCACUAUUAAUAAUCAAAUUAUAUGUCCAAAUGCGCCAUUUUUUACACGAAGUCUGUCAAUGUAACCAUGUAAAUUAUACAUCACAUCCCUAUUCUGAGAUGUCAUUUCUCUGAACCUAUUUUAAUUUUUUUAAUUUCUUACAUUUAAAAAUUCAUUACGAGUCAAGAUAAAUUUAUCACUAGUUUAUAGUUUUUUAAACUUUUUUUUUCUAAAUUUGCGUCUAUAAAAUUAAAAUAAUCAAAUCAAAUUAAAAUAUUAAUAAAUCUGUUUAAAUCUAUUAAAAUAUUAAUAGAAUUAGAGAAAUGACUUCUUAAAAUCGACACCAAUGUAUGCAUACUCUGUUUUAUUUUUUCAAUUUGUUAAACAUUAGCAUAUUUUUUUUUGUCGAAAUAAAUAAAUAAAUUAACAGUGCAUAAAGUAAAAGGUUUUGUAUUUGUAUUACUGUUUUCUAUACCUGUAUUAUUUUUAUAUGACGGAAAAAAUAUGCUAGAAUGAUUCAAUGAUUUGUAGAAAAAUAGAUUGCAGGUAUUGUGACGUUAAUGAUUUCGAUGUAAAGUUGCAAAGUACAUAAGAAUUUACAGAAUCCUGUUAGCAUAUAUACAUUAAAAUAGUUUCCAAUAUAUUUUUGUAUCUUUUUCAUUUGACCGUUAUGAAUAAUUGAUUUUAAUUAAUUAAAAAAUUGCCUCUAACUGUAACUAACUUACAUGUAUUGUUUACAUAGAGACAGCGGUUAACUUUAAAAAUAUUUAACGGAAAUAAUUGAGUCAGUGCUGACAAGACAAUGCUGCGCUGACUUGAAAUUAGUUUACACGGUGGCAGUAGUGGGUCAGUAAUGAUUUAUCUCGAAUUUGGAGUCAGUCACAGUGUAAACUGACACUAUUUGUACGGUUUCAUAUAUUUUAUAAUUAUUAGAGCGUUCCGUUAUUAGUGUCAAGUAUGAAUAUGAAAUGUCAAACAACCCGCGAAAAUUUAGAAUGGUUAGUUCGAAAUUUAAAUAAAUAAGGAAUAAAAAUUUUAUUCCUCUUCUUAAAAAUACAGUCGUAGGAAAUGUAUUUUUGCAACUAUAACAUGUUUUUCUUGUAAUAUAUGUACCUAAUUAUGAUCAUACAAUGUUGUAGUAGUAAUUUUAUAUAACACAAAAUACAGUUGUACGAAAUGCUUGUAAAACAAUUUUUUUUUAUUAAAAAAAAUCCGUUUUCUAUUCAAGCAAUACUCAUUCGUCUGUUUAUGAACGAGUAGAUUUAAUUCUUGUUAUUUUUUGUGCAUGGUAAUACAGGGUAAACGCUAUACAUGCCCUAUAAUAUAAUUUUAGGGAGAUUUCGUGUUGCACACAGAAAUAAAUCGACGAAUAAUUUAAUAAACUGUGAUUGUUAUUCGAUAAUUCGGAAUCUUCCUAUUUACGAAUUAGUUUAUCAUUAAUGCUAAUAACGAAUUAAUUUAUUGAAAGUAUUGUUUUUGGGGUCAUUAUUAAAUUUAUUUUUUUAGGUACAAAGCGAACACGAGUGUCGACUGUGUGUAAAAUAUUUUUUUUUAGUGUAUCUCUAUGUACUCGUAUGUAAUUCGAUUUGCAAGAUUCUCUUUUAGUUUCCAGCAUAUAGCUGGAGUAAACAAGCAUUAAAGGGAGUUGAAAUUGGGAGUGAUAUUAAAAAUAUAUAAUACCUUUUAUUUACAUUAUGACAACUCCCAAGUUGCGUUUUCCCGCUAAAACCGAGUAGAAGUCGUUCGUCUACGGUGGCCCUUACGAGCCAUGUCGUUUAUUCUGUAGCCCGCCAUAUUACUGCAGAUAUAAAUUUUUAAAUUAUCUAGCGUUUAAAAUGUUAAAUGUGAUUUAUAAAUAUGGUGUCAAUAGCGAGCGAGGGAAUUAUUUUCUCUAUUUAGAAAUAUGUGUAUGGAUCGAUAUGAAUACGAAAUAAAGUCAUGAAUUAACCGUU